AGGGGGGUCCACGGAAUGGCCUCUUCACCCUGCCUUCCUCCACCUCGCCCUCUCCUUCUCCCUCUUUUCACCUCCUCCUAGCCAUCGAGCUCUUCACUCUCGUUCACCGUGUUGAUUCAUCCAACUAGAGAGUUCGCUCUCACUUACACUCUUUUGAAUCCGAAUCAACCUUCAUUCGUUAUCCUACAAUCACCUAUACGACUUCCGUUUCGAUUCCUAUCCCAACGACAAUUCUAAUCGAAAUACAUACCACGGGUUCUUGACUUCAACCAAUUCAUCGCGAGAGAAUACGGAACACAUAUAAGAAUAUACACGAUGAGGUCCAUUGUCAGUCUCGCCAUCGCUGCAUCCCUUGCCGCGGGUGUUGUUGCUCAACCCCACAACCACCGCCAUCGCCAUGUCAAAAGGGACGGCGCUUCGCCCAUUGACAAGCGAGACCCCGAUGUCGUUGUCGUGUACGAGGCCGGCCCGACAGUGACCGCCUAUGAGCUGGGAGGAAAGCCCGUCACCGAAGAGGAAGCCAAGAAGGGCAUUGAAGAUGGCCUGUUCGUUGUCAUCGGCGAGACCACGCCCACUUCGAGCCCUCUGCCGCCUGCUUCGACGUCCAAGGCCCCCAAGCCUUCCACCUCCAAGGACGCCCAAUUCUUCGAGAUCAAGGCUAACAAGCCCACCACCUCGUCGACCCCGACUCCCACCCCGACGCCGACACCUACGCCGACUCCCACCCCGACGCCCUCUUCGUCGUCCCAGGCCCCUCCUGCCUCAACCAAGUCCUCGAGCGGAGGCUCUAGCAGCUCUGGCGGCAAGGGUGUCGACUCGGAGUUCCCUAGCGGCAAGAUUCCUUGCUCCAGUUUCCCCUCGGACUAUGGCGCGGUUCCUGUCGACUACCUCGGCACCAGCGGCUGGACUGGCAUCCAGAGAACUCCCAACUACAGCCUUGGUGACGCGGUCAUCUCAUUUAUUGAGACCGCCAUCUCGGGCGACGGCGGAUGCACCAAGAACUCUUUCUGUUCGUACGCCUGCCCCGUUGGCUACCAGAAGACCCAGUGGCCCUCGGCCCAGGGCUCGACCAAGCAGUCGAUUGGUGGGCUGUACUGCAACAGCAACGGCUACCUGGAGCUCACCCGUGAGAAGAAGAAGACUCUUUGCGAGCAGGGCGCCGGUGGUGUCACUGUUCAGAACGACCUUGACCAGCAGGUCAGCGUUUGCCGUACCGACUACCCCGGUAACGAGGCCAUGGUCAUUGCUACUGUUCCUCAACCCGGCCAGUCAUUGCCCUUGACCAACCCUAUCUCCUCUGACUACUACGUCUGGAACGACAGCCCGACCACCGCCCAGUAUUACGUCAACAAGGCUGGCUACAGCGUGGAGGACUCAUGUGUGUGGAAGAGCUCCAAGGACCCUCUUGGCGCUGGCAACUGGGCCCCCGUCAACGUUGGUGUUGGCAAGAGCUCCGACGGUAACACUUACAUCUCCAUCUUCCCCAACACGCCAACUUCGACCGCCAAACUCGACUUCAACAUUGAGAUCAUUGGGGACGUUAACAGCAAGUGCGCGCUUGUUGAUGGCUCCUACACUGGAGGUGGUUCUGGCUGUACUACCGCCAUAUCCGGCAGCGGAAAGGCUGUCAUCCGAUUCUUCAAGUAGACAUCUCACGACCAGAUAACAUCUGGCGUGGGUUCUGGGCCUUUGUUUUUCGUGAAAUCCUCUGGAAAAUCAACGGAUUGGCACCAUGUCUGCCACUGACGGACUGACCGAUUUCCGCUCACGAUCUGCGAUGGCCGUUUUCUAAUUUGUGUGCAAUAUAUCCAUGCCGUGGAGACGCUUGGAGAGGAAGAGUUGGAGCGGUGGAAAGUCGGAGUCAACAACUGAGGGCGACAACGGCCUGAGGGCUCAACCGGAACUACCUUGGAUUCAAGACGGGUCGAAGCAGGCAUCUCCUCUCUAUCGGCAACACUGGGGCCCAUGUCACCUCGAGCCACGUUCUGCGACGACGGCCUUACGAUUAUGAGGCGUUUUCUUUCGCGGGGAGGCACCGACAUGUGCUGUGGAGGAACCGACCGACGAACUUGAUAGGAUGCUAGAGAUGAUGAAUACUCGACUCGGGUAGUUUGCAUAAGAAUGGACGGGAAAUUGGGAAAGGGCAGAGAUUGAACGGCAGGCCCUAGCCGGCACAUUGUCACCUUGACGCAUCGUUUCCUUUGUCUACCGCUGUUUGCCCCGCCAUGAUGCUUGUAUUGUUUUCGCGGGCGGCCUCGCCGUGGCUGAUUGAAGCCCGCGGGCGUUGGGGGCACCCUUAUAGCCGCUUCGUGUAUUGUCGACGCAACGUUAGUAUUUAAUUUAUUGCUCACGAUCAGCUUACCCGGUUA